AUGAAAGUCAGAUGUGGGACUCUGAGUGAAGGUAUGAAAGAAAAGUGUUGGAUGAUGGAGACGAGGAGCUUGGAGUGUAGCUAUAGCGAUCAACAGUUACCUAAGAGCAAGUCCACCCCAAAAGGCAAAGGCAUGGCAGGGGCUGCCACUAUUGGCAGCCUUACAUUUUUUGGUUCCACACCAAAAGGUUAG